AUGGUGUUGAAUCCGACCCAGCCAAAGCCUGGUUCCUCAAAAGUCAAACAUCUCGACGACCUGGCCUCGGAAUUCGGCUCUGAUGCCUCUGGAAUUCGGGCCAACGAAGGCGAAGCCGCCAGCUACGGAGUCUACUUCGACGACACCGAAUACGAUUACAUGCAGCAUCUGCGCGAUCUCGGCUCGGCCCCCGGCGGGCAAGUCGUCUUCGUCGAGGCAAGCACCAAGAGCCGCGGGAAACAAAAAGAAUCCUUACAGGAUGCGCUGAAGAAGAUGGACCUGGAGCAAAAGUCGGGCGACUUAUUUGACGAGGAGAUGCUGCCCUCGAAGAAUCUCACCAAAGCGACCUACCAGGCCCAGCAAGAUAUCCCCGAUUCCAUCCGCGGGUUCCAGCCAGACAUGGACCCCAGAUUGAGGGAGGUUCUCGAGGCUCUGGAUGACGAGGCAUAUGUCGACGACGAGGACGACGACAUCUUCAAGAGCCUAACAAAGGACGGCCGGGAGAUUGGGCACAGCGAGUUCCGCGAAGCUGACCUUUUCGACGACGACGACGACGAAGAGGGCUGGGAGUCGGACGAUACCGCCAAGCCCGCAAAGGAGCACAAGGAGGAGAUACCCGCGCUCGUCGCGGCGCCAGAGCAGCCGCAGCCCGAAGUCGGGCCGCCGCAAGACUGGAUGGAGGGCUUCCAGCAGUUCAAAAGGGAACAAAAGGCCGGCAAGCCGCGCGUUGCGCCGUCCCACUCCGAACUCCGGUCCGCUUGGACCACGACGACAAACGGCGGCCGGAAGAAGAAGAGGAAGGGUGCUCUGACCGACGCGUCCAGCUACUCCAUGACGUCGUCGUCGCUUGUGCGCACCGAUCAAAUGACUCUCCUCGACGCCAGGUUCGACCGGAUUGAGGAGGCGUACCUCGAGGACCCGGAGGACGACAUGGCUUCCGUUUCCCACGCCUCAACGUCUAGCGUCGUCGGGCCUACGAGGAGAGACUUUGAUGGGAUUUUGGACGACUUCCUCGGGAGCUACGCAAAGCCUGGAAAGAGGACGUCUAAAAAGUCCAAGGCGCAGACUGGUCUGGAGCAGUUGGAAGAGAUCCGGAGGGAGUUGGGUCCGCCUCGUAUUCGCGGCCGAAAUGUAGGGGCGUAG